CCUUCUCUUCUCAGGGCCUCUCGAAUCCAAAUUUCUUGAUUCCCAGUUCGAGAAAUCACUUCGAAAGAGGCCCAAACCGUAGGAAUUCGAUAUUCGAAUCUCGAAAACCCCGAAAAAACCUCCUCCAAUGGCGCCGCAGGAAGCUAUCAGUGACCGGAAAACGAAUGAUGACGUCAUUUUCCGGUCAAAGUUGCCGGACAUAUAUAUUCCCAACCACCUGCCCCUCCACGAAUACGUCUUCGAGAACAUCUCCACCGUCGCAGAGAAGCCGUGCCUCAUCGACGGCCCCACCGGCGAAAUCUACACCUACGCCGACGUCCACGUCAUCUCCCGCCGCGUCGCCGCCGGGCUACACAAGCUCGGGGUCGAAAAAGGUGACGUCAUCAUGCUCCUCCUCCCGAACUCGCAGGAGUUCGUCCUCUCCUUCCUCGGCGCCUCCUUCCGCGGCGCCGUCGCCACCGCCGCGAACCCAUUCUUCACCGCGGCGGAGAUCGCCAAGCAGGCGAAAGCCUCCGCCGCGAAGCUCAUCAUAACACAAAUCUGUCACGCGGACAAGGUCAUGGAACUGAAGAGCGACAACCUCUCCAUCAUGUUCACUGACAAGGAAACCGACAACAACCCACUUCCCGAGGGAUGCCACCGAUUCGCCGAGCUGGCCCACGCCGACGAAUCCGAGCUUCCACGGCCGGAAAUAUCGCCGGAAGAUGUGGUGGCGCUCCCGUACUCGUCGGGAACGACGGGUCUUCCAAAAGGGGUGAUGCUAACGCACAAAGGACUGGUAACAAGCGUUGCCCAGCAAGUGGACGGAGAGAAUCCGAAUCUGUAUUUCCAUAACAAAGAUGUGAUUCUCUGCGUAUUGCCGAUGUUCCAUAUCUACGCAUUGAAUUCGAUAAUGCUCUGCGGGUUGAGGGCAGGAGCAGGGAUUCUGAUAAUGCCCAAGUUCGAGAUCCAUCUGCUGCUGGAACUGAUACAGAGAUAUAAAGUGACGGUGGCACCGAUAGGGCCGCCGAUCGUGUUGGCGAUAGCGAAGUCGCCGGAGACGGAGAAGUACGAUCUGAGAUCGGUGAGGGUGGUGAAAUCUGGUGCCGCCCCCUUGGGGAAGGAGCUUGAAGAAGCUGUCAGUGUUAAGUUUCCUAACGCCAAGCUUGGACAGGGCUAUGGGAUGACGGAGGCAGGCCCCGUCCUGGCGAUGUCGCUAGGGUUCGCAAAGGAACCAUUCCCAGUGAAAUCAGGAGCUUGCGGCACCGUCGUGAGGAACGCCGAGAUGAAGAUCGUGGAUCCCGACACCGGAGAUUCUCUCCCGAGGAACAAAUCCGGCGAGAUCUGCAUCCGCGGCCACCAGAUCAUGAAAGGUUACCUAAACGACGCGGCGGCGACCGCCGCAACGAUCGACGCUGACGGUUGGCUCCACACCGGAGACGUCGGAUUCAUUGACGACGACGACGAGCUCUACAUCGUCGAUCGAUUGAAGGAGCUCAUCAAGUACAAGGGAUUUCAGGUCGCUCCGGCUGAGCUCGAGGCCAUGCUCAUCGCUCAUCCCGAUAUCACCGAUGUCGCCGUCGUCGCAAUGAAAGACGAGGCGGCGGGUGAGGUUCCUGUUGCGUUCGUGGUGAGGGCGAAAGAUUCAGAGAUAACAGAAGAUGAGAUCAAGAAAUAUGUUUCGAAACAGGUUAUAUUCUACAAGAGGAUCAACAAAGUGUUCUUCGUGGAUUCGAUCCCGAAAGCUCCAUCUGGGAAAAUACUGAGGAAGGAACUCAGGGCAAGGCUAGCAAAUGGAUUGGUGAAUUAAAGAAGAAAAUGUAUAUAUAUCAUGUAAUGAAAAAGGGAAACAAAAAGACUCGCAUAAUAUUUGAUUUCUGAUGGUUUUGUUGUAAUAUCGUAUAAUGUUCUGACCGGAUUUCGAAUAGAUUGCUGCUAUUGCGAAAGA